AUGACAUCCGUUGAAGAACAAUACAGCAUUUUAGACAAGGCAGAAGCUUAUAUCCGCUCCAAAAUCCAAGGUCCAUUAUCCAAACCAAAAACUUUAAUCAUUGCAGGUUCAGGAUUGAGUGGUAUCUCAGAUUUAUUAUCAGAACAAUUUGAAGUCCCAUAUACUGAUAUCCCAGGUUUUAAAGCAUCCACAGUCUCAGGUCAUGCUGGGAAACUAAUUUUUGGUUAUAUAGGUGACAAUAAAGUCCCAGUUGUUUGUAUGGCUGGUAGAUUACAUUUUUAUGAAGGUUAUACAUUUGAAGAAACAACUUUUCCAAUAAGGUUAGCCAAACAAUUAGACGUUGAAAUGGUUGUUGUUACAAAUGCCGCUGGUGGUAUCAAUGCAAAUUUCAAAGCUGGUGAUUUGAUGAUUAUUUAUGAUCAUAUAAAUUUCCCUGGGUUAUCAGGUUGGCAUCCACUUAGAGGUCCAAACUUAGAGAAAUUUGGUCCAAGAUUUCAACCAUUAUCUGACGCAUAUGAUUUAGAAUUAAGACAACUAUUCUUUCAACAAAAGGAAAAAUUAGGUAUUCAAAGAUCAAUUCAUGAAGGUACAUAUUUUUAUGCUGCUGGUCCAACUUACGAAAGUAGAUCAGAAUCAAGAUUAAUUAGAACUUUAGGCGGUGAUGCUGUUGGGAUGAGUACAGUUCCUGAAGUUAUCGUGGCAAGACAUUGUGGUCUCAGAGUCCUUGCAUUGAGUUUAAUUACUAAUGAAUGUGUUGUUGAUCCACCUGCAAGUGCUUUUGAUAAAAAUCCAAAAGCUUUAGAUGAAGGAAUGGCAACUCAUGAAGAAGUUUUAGAAUAUGCUAAUCAAGCUUCAAAAGAUGUUCAAAAAAUCAUUGAAGCAACUGUUAAUGAGUUUUGA